CUGAAAUAUAAUGUGUGGAGUUCAUUUUCUGCAAGGCAAUGUCUUUGUUUUUAACAUCCCGGUUUCGUUUUUAACCUUACAUUACGACCCAUAAGAAUUUCAGUUCUUCCCCUUCUGUCUGCUCGGUGGACAAUUUCCUGUCAGACCAUAAGCUAACAGACUUCAUUGGAUUGCUGCAGAUCUGAUCUCAGAGGAUGGCGAUGUGAUAACACUGUCAGGAAUCGGCUUUUUAUCAUCAUGCCAACAGUACAGCCAAUUAUCAGCUGUGUGCAGAAGCUGGUUCUGUAUGAAACUCGAGCAAGAUACUUCCUGGUUGGAAGCAAUCAUGCUGAAACUAAAUAUCGUGUGCUAAAAAUAGACCGAACAGAACCAAAGGAUUUGGUGGUUAUUGAUGACCGCCACGUGUACAGUCAGCAAGAAGUUCAGGACCUUUUAAGUCGCCUUGAUAAUGGCAAUCGAAGUAAGAUGGGGCAGAAGGGACUAUCUGGGCUUUCAAAAAGUGUGUCUGCUUUUGGCAUUGUUGGAUUUGUCAGAUUUUUAGAAGGAUACUACAUUGUAUUGAUAACUAAAAGAAGAAAAGUUGCAGAUAUUGGUGGCCAUUCAAUUUAUAAAAUUGAAGACACCAACAGUGUCUACAUUCCAAAUGAUUCGGUUCGAAUUGCGCAUCCAGAUGAAGCCAAGUAUGUGAAAAUUUUCCAAAGUGUAGAUCUUUCCAGCAAUUUUUAUUUCAGUUAUAGCUAUGAUUUGACUCAUUCUCUUCAAUUCAAUCUGACGGUAUUGAAAAUGCCCAGUGAAAGGUUAAAAAGUGAAACACUUGGGCACGGUUGUCGAGACAGCUUUGAUAUCUUUGAGGAUGAGGGUGUUACUACACACGAUGGAAGUGUACCGAGUCAUUAUGGCAUUCGGAAUGAACCUUACCUCAAAUAUACUUGGAAUGGUUAUAUGUUGGAAAGAGUCAAAGCUGCUGUCCAUCAUAAUUGGUUGUUGUAUAUUAUUCAUGGAUUCUGUGGCCAAUCAAAAAUGUUAAUCUAUGGACGACCAGUUUAUGUUACUUUGAUAGCCAGAAGAUCUUGUAAAUUUGCUGGGACUCGUUUUCUGAAAAGAGGUGCAAAUUAUGAAGGAGAUGUGGCCAAUGAAGUAGAGACUGAGCAGAUAAUUCACGAUGCUUCUGUGAUGUCUUUUUCUGCUGGAAGUUAUUCUUCUUAUGUACAAGUUCGAGGUUCUGUUCCACUCUACUGGUCUCAGGACAUUUCAACUAUGAUGCCCAAGCCACCAAUUACAUUGGAUCAGGCAGAUCCAUUUGCCCACGUAGCAGCCCUUCAUUUUGACCAGAUGUUCCAAAGGUUUGGCUCUCCUAUUAUUAUCCUGAAUCUGGUUAAGAAACGUGAGAAAAGAAAGCAUGAAAGGAUAUUGAGUGAAGCCCUGGUUUCUGCAGUUACAUAUCUGAACCAGUUUCUACCACCUGAGUAUGGCAUUCACUAUAUUGCAUGGGAUAUGGCCAAGUAUACUAAAAGUAAACUGUUCAAUGUUUUGGAUCGGCUAAACAUAAUUGCAGAAGAUGUUGUGAAAAAGACGGGCUUUUUCGUUAAUCGUCCAGAUUUUCAUUCUAAUUCCUUAAGACCAGGUGAAAGGUGGAAUGAACUGGGAGGAAUCAUUCACAAUACUUGCCGCCUGCAGACUGGUGUUCUGAGGACAAACUGUGUUGACUGUUUGGAUCGUACAAACACAGCUCAAUUUAUGGUUGGAAAGUGUGCUUUAGCUUGCCAGCUCUAUGCACUGGGUGUAAUAGAUAAACCAAGACUGCAGUUUGACACUGAUGCUGUUCGAUUAUUUGAAGAACUGUAUGAAGAUCAUGGUGAUACACUGUCUUUACAAUAUGGGGGUUCACAGCUUGUACAUCGGGUGAAAACAUACAGGAAAAUUGCACCUUGGACACAACAUUCCAAGGACAUCAUGCAAACCCUCUCUAGGUACUACAGUAAUGCAUUUUCAGAUGCUGAUAGACAAGAUGCCAUAAAUCUGUUUCUUGGAGUAUUCCAGCCUAUGGAAGGAAAGUCUCACCUUUGGGAACUUCCAUCUGACUACUACUUGCAUCAUAAGAACACAGUAGCGCUACUGUCUCCCAGGAGGAGCUAUACCCAUUGGUGGACACCGGAGGUCCUAAUAAAUCUACCAUUGCCAUAUGAUGAAGUUCCUUGCGCAGAAAAUUUGAAGAAGAUGAUGGUAAUAAAGAAGACAGAUAAGUUUGAUGAAGAGAUAGAUAUAUACAAUGAGUUCUUCAUGCCAUAUGAGUUGAACUGUUUUGAUGACGUAUUCUGUCUGAAAAUGACAAAUUCAGCUAAGGACUUCAUGCCAAAGAAUGUUGGAAUAGACCCUAGUCCAUUCACUGUUCGCAAGCCAGAAGAAACUGGUAAAUCCAUGCUGAGUAACAAGAGCAAUAAGGAGGAAGCUGUAUUGCAGCGAAAAACAGUAGCAAGUGCCCCACCACCACCAUCGGAGGAAGCCGUUUCUAGUAGUUCCGAAGAUGAUUCAGGAACCGACAGAGAGGAGGAAGGUGCCAUCUCUCAGCGAUCAACACCGGUCAAAGUUACAGAGUUUGGGGAUAAUACCAGAAUUACUGAGGAUUCUAGCCAAUCUCCAAGAGAAGUACAUCUCGCAACCAUUUCAAGGCUUCCAUCAGAGGAGGAUCUUCUGAUAUACAAAAGGUUUGUUAAUUUGGGUCAAAGCCAGCGUAAGAUUGACACAUGCAGCCAUCAAUGCAGUAUAAAUCAACUUGACAACAUGAUGACCAUAUUGGGACCAGCCUCUUCAUUCCUUCAGGACAGCAUUUAUGAGGUGCACCUAACUGGUCUAGAUCCAAAAUCAGUAGAAGUCUUUACUUCCCAUAUCAAGACUGGCAAAGGCAUGAUACCACCCAUGUCUAAAGAUGACAUGAUACUCUACAGAGAAUACAUCAGAAAUCGAUACAUGUGAAUGAAUGUUGCAAAGCAGGUACCGGAACAGCAGAUGUCUUGAGGUUAGAAUGUCAUUUAUUUAACAGACCUAAUUGCCAGGAUUAACUGUCAAUGUGCCAGGAAAAUGACAAUUUCAGAAUUUAAUUGUCUCUUCACCCUGAUGCAUACAAUUGAACUUGGAUUUUAAGAACUAUUACAUAUUCUCCAAAGAUAAUGAUGGCCUUUAAGUACAAUAUCAAUUAGCAUUGGACCAUUUUGAGAGAAGUUCUUGGUGUCUUGGAUCAGUUUUGCUUUAUUAAACCAGAUAAAAAUUUAUUUGAUGAUUGAAUAUGGAAUUAUUUAAGUGAUAGUUUAAUAGCUUAGUAUAUUUAAUCAGAUGUUUUAUUAUUGCACUCUGUACUAAUGUUGUUAAUUAUUGAUAAUAUCC